GACCACGCCCGCGAGCCUUAAGUUCCUCAGCCGCGGGUUCGCAGCCACUGUCAGCCCCGCCCGCAGUGCCUUCGGAUCGAGCGCUUCCUAGGCAGCCACCACUUGCCCGUCGUCGUCGGACACCGCCGCCCUCACUAGCGUGUUCUCCUGCGGUCCGGACACAUAGUAUGAUCUUUAAGUGUUUUGUCUCCCAGCCACUUUCUAUGGAAAAUCGAGGGGAUCAGGCCAUGGUAGCCACUGGCAGUUUUGAAGAAAGGGACACCUUUAGAGAAGCCUGAUCCUGGAGGCCUCAGUGUGAGACCUCAAAGCUCCGCGCCAGAUUCCGGCAGAGUUCCUCUGUCUCGUCUUGCUGAUCGAAGGCUCCCACUUCUCCGAUUUUUCUCCAUCUUCUGGGAGGUAGAAGGAGACCAGAAUCAUGGUUGGUUUCAAGGCCACAGAUGUGCCCCCGACAGCCACCGUAAAGUUCCUGGGAGCUGGGACAGCUGCCUGCAUUGCAGAUCUCAUCACAUUUCCUCUAGACACCGCCAAAGUCCGGCUGCAGAUCCAAGGAGAAAAUCAAGGGCUAGUGCGCACUGCAGCCAACGCCCAGUACCGUGGCGUGCUGGGCACCAUCCUAACCAUGGUGCGCACCGAGGGUCCACGCAGCCUCUACAAUGGGCUGGUCGCCGGCCUGCAACGCCAGAUGAGCUUUGCUUCGGUCCGCAUUGGCCUCUACGACUCUGUAAAGCAGUUCUACACCAAGGGCUCAGAACAUGCAGGCAUCGGGAGCCGCCUCCUGGCAGGUAGCACCACAGGUGCCCUAGCUGUCGCUGUGGCCCAACCUACAGAUGUGGUAAAGGUCCGCUUCCAGGCUCAGGCCCGGGCUGGCAGUGGUCGGAGAUACCAGAGCACCGUUGAAGCCUACAAGACCAUUGCACGAGAGGAGGGCAUCCAGGGCCUCUGGAAAGGGACCUCUCCCAAUGUUGCCCGUAAUGCCAUUGUCAACUGUGCUGAGCUAGUGACCUAUGACCUCAUCAAGGAUACUCUCCUGAAGGCCAACCUCAUGACAGAUGACCUCCCUUGCCACUUCACUUCCGCCUUCGGGGCGGGCUUCUGCACCACGGUCAUCGCCUCCCCCGUCGAUGUGGUCAAGACGAGAUAUAUGAACUCUGCCUUGGGCCAGUACCGCAGCGCAGGUCACUGUGCCCUUACCAUGCUCCGGAAGGAGGGACCCCGAGCCUUCUACAAGGGGUUCAUGCCUUCCUUCCUCCGCUUGGGGUCCUGGAACGUAGUGAUGUUUGUCACCUAUGAGCAGCUCAAAAGGGCUCUGAUGGCUGCCUACGGAUCCCGAGAGGCACCCUUUUGAGCCUCUUCCACUGAUGCUGGACCCUGCUUCCCUCUCUGCCCUGCCUUUUCCUCCAUCCUCUGCCCAGCCCCACACCUUUCCGGUCCCUCAUUUCCCUCACCCCUACUCCCUUCCCACAUCAUCUCCCUGUGCCCUAGUGCUGAUGGCCCCACAGUGAGAAGGCCUGGCACCAGUCAUUGAGCCCUUAGUCAUUUUAACAGUUAAACCCAAAUUUUUGCCUUCAUUCCCAACCCAGCUCAGCCAGCCUCCGCCCAUAAAGCAAGCUCAACGUU